GCCAAAAUGUCCAACAAACUGGUCCUAGCGAACCCGGACGACGUCAUGGUGAUCCGGGACGUCACUCCCAACGUCGUCACUUUUUCUGUGCCCUUUUUGCGGUUCGGAAAGAUUCCUAUUGGAGGGAGGGGGACUUUGGUCCGCCUCUCCAACAACACCCUAGCAGUCUUCUCCCCCGUAGCCCUCACGCCCUUGGCCCGCUCCCGCGUUUCCUCCCUCGGCUCCGGCCAAGUGAGCUACAUCGUCGCCACCGAUAUCGAGCACCACAUCUUCGUAUCCGAAUGGGCCCGGGCCUUUCCCGACGCCAAAAUCAUUGGUCCCGAGGGUCUUCCGGAAAAGCGGGCAAAGGUGACCAACGACGAACGCAUCGGGCACGAACCCUUUUCCGUCGUUUUCACAAAGGAACACAAACAAAAUAUCAAGAUCGACGAGGCCUUUGAUGCCGACUUUGAGUAUGAGUACGUCGACGCCCACCCCAACAAGGAGCUGGUGUUUUACUACAAGCCGGAUAAAGUCCUGAUUGAGGCCGAUCUCAUGUUCAACCUGCCUGCCAUUGAGCAGUACUCCAAGGUUCCCGAGGCGGAAAAGCCGCACGGCAGUUUGCUGGGGAGGGUUUUCCAGGCGAUGAAUAGCACCGAGGGAGAGGCCAAGGGGAUCAAGAGGUUUUUGUGGUACGCGAUUAGUCGGGGGGAUCGGGCAGGGUUCAAUGAGAGUGUACGGAGGAUUGAUGGGUGGGAUUUUGAGACGAUUGUGCCGUGUCAUGGAGAGACGAUUGUGGGGAACGGGAAGGAGGUGUUUGAGAAGGUAUUUGAGUGGCAUUUGGAAGGCCAUAACUGA